GUCGCCAAAGGUAAUUAGUCGAAAGUGUCAACCGAAGGCAUCAGCAUCAUUAUGAUGAAAUUUUGUUUGCUUCUUUUGAUGGCACAUUUUGUGGCCUCAAACCGAAAUCUAAACGAUAUUCUUAGUCGCGAGGACUGGAUUAACAUAGCCAAGGAGAACAUCAAGAACCACAAGCCAUAUAAAGCUAAGAUCUACGUGCCCUACAAGCCGCGCAUCGUAAAUUUUACCAACCCAUUCGAUGGAGAUUUCUGGGACACAACCACGGUGGCCACGAAUGCUGAGUCUACCACCAAUCCGCAAGAGACUACUACUUACUUCACUGCGGAAGCAUCUACUACAACGGAGGAGUAUACCACUGAGGAAUCUACCACAACUUCGUCGAUGGAUUAUUCAACCGAAUUAAGUUAUUCAACUUCAGAGGCGCCCGAAACCACGGAUACUGGGUAUUCCACAACAGCUUGGCCGGAAGUCACCAGCACAGAAGCUACAGAUUCACCUGAAUCACAAGCCUUAUAUUCCACAACAACAUCGAGUUCAGAAUCCUCAGAUUCAACCACAGAAACAAAUCCAAGGAGCACGGAGUAUGCUGAAUCAACGACAAAUAAUGCAGAUUAUUCUACAGGAUGGCUAGAAACCACUACAGAAAAUAUUCCAAGUUCUACUGGGUUGCCGGAACCAACGACUACUUUAAGUCCGGAAUUUACAGGGACAGAAGUUUUGGAAACUACCACAGAAAUAGAAAUCAAUUCAAGCACUACAGGAUUGCCAGAAUCAGCAACUACAGAAAGGAUUACAUCAUUUACAGGAUUAGUGGAAUCAACGACUGAAUUUGUGGACUACACUACAGAAUCCAACGAAUCCACGUUAUCCUCAGAUCAACCCACAACUAAAGCAUCAGAAACAUCUACACAAGGAUUAGUAUCAACUACUGAAACCCCGGAAUCAACUACAACCUUGCUGGAGAUCAUUGCCACGACUCCGGGCGUGGAAACUACUACAUCAUAUCUGGAUGCAGUGAUUGACAGCACGGAGGAGGAAAGUUCAACAUCAUCAACACCAUUUGGAUUAAAUUUAACAACAACGGAAAUUGUGCAAACUCAAAUAGAAACCACAACCCCAAGGCAAUUGAAUUUGGUCGGAGAUUCUGUUCGCCAAAGACCGAGAAAAUAUAAGUAUACUUCAGACACAGAUCCCGAACUUUACUGGUACUGAAAAUGAUAGCAAAAAAUAAAUUAAAAACUUUGAAUUUAAAUUAAAGCGGUUGUUUUAUUUGGCAACGCGAUUUCUGGUGAGGAUUAUGUUAAAUAAAGAAC